AUGGCGCCCGAUUACGACAAGCAAACAAAGAAUGAUGAAGGCGUAGUUCGACGAGGUGCGGCACCGCGGGCCAAUAUGGAACGCGGUGACUGGCACGGGUCCGAUGAGGAGUCCGACGACGAUGAGCCGGAUAUGAUAGAUCCGGCAAUCGCCGCCUCAUCGGACGAGGAGAACGAUGAGAACGUAGAUGACAGUGGCUACGGAUCUGAGGAGAGCGAAGCCGAGUCGGCGAUAAACCAGGGCCACCAGGAGGAGGAGGCUGAUGAGGAAAUAUGGAGGGAGCUGGACGAGGCGAUACGCAUGAUGGACGACGAGGAGGCGAGAGAUGCGAGCAGCGGACGGAAUCUAUGA